AUGAGUCUGUUUUUCAAAUCGCCGCUGGAUAUCGAGAUCCGAUUGGACGGCGAGGAUUCGCGCGAGCUCGUCGAGGUGCGGGGCCCCGACAAGGGCAAGAAGGUGCCUCUGUAUCUCGACGGCGAGUCGGUCAAGGGAACCGUCACCAUUCGACCCAAGGACGGCAAACGUCUGGAGCACUCGGGCAUCAAGGUGCAGUUCAUUGGCUGUAUCGAGACGAAAAACGAUCGGGGAGCGGGCCAGGGCGCCCAGCCAGGCGAGGGAGAGGCGUUUCUGUCCAUGGCCCAGGAACUGGCUGCUCCUGGAGAACUGCGCCACCCUGAGACGUUUGAGUUCGAGUUCAAGAACGUGGAGAAGCAGUUUGAGAGCUACAAUGGACUCAAUGUCCGGCUGCGGUACUUUGUGCGGGCCACGGUGGUGCGUCGGAUGAAUGAUGUCACCCGGGAGAAGGAUGUGUGGGUCUACUCGUACCGGCAGUCUCCCGACUCCACCUCGACCAUCAAGAUGGACGUGGGUAUCGAGGACUGUCUGCACAUUGAGUUUGAGUACUCCAAGUCCCGCUACCAUCUCAAGGACGUGAUUGUGGGCCGAAUAUACUUUCUGCUGGUGCGGCUGAAAAUCAAGCAUAUGGAGCUCAGCAUCAUCCGUCGAGAGACUGUGGGAGCCCCGCCGAACCAGGUCAAUGAGUCUGAGACGCUGGUACGAUUUGAGAUCAUGGAUGGAGCUCCUGUGAGAGGAGAGACCAUUCCUAUCCGGCUGUUCUUGGGCGGCUUUGAUCUCUCACCCACCAUGCGGGACGUGAACAAGAAGUUUUCCGCACGGACGUUUUUGUCGCUGGUCUUGAUUGAUGAGGACGCCAGACGGUACUUCAAGCAGUCGGAGAUUAUUCUCUACAGACAGUAG